AUGGGGGCACUCAGGAGUAGAAAAUGGAAUGUCCAAGCUGAGCCCGUAGAGGCUGAAGAGGAGGAGGAGGCUGAAGGAGAGGAAGAGGAGGAGGAGGAGGAGGAGGAGGAGGAGGAGGAGGAAGAAGAAGGCAAUGUACUCAUGGGAGCUACUGGAAGAUAUAAACGUCAGGAAUCAAAGAAAAGAGGUGUCUCCCGACCCCACGAGAACUAUCCGAUCACUGACUCCAACAGCCAGAAAACGGGUCUUAGGGUCAUUACGAGACCAGACCAGCAGGGUCAUUUUCAGCUUUUUAGAAAGUUGCUCGCCCCCUUUCAAGACGAUAAAGAUCCAAAGGGAAAAAAUUCCAAACCAUCAAUUAUGGAUUCUAAAGGCAAAAUCCCACCACUUCUCGAUGAGAGAACAAAAGUUGGUAGUAUGUUUGCACAGACAAUAGCUCUCUCGUCCGCUGCCCACAGUUCUGGACCAGAUGGAAAACCACUUUUCGAUCACUACAACAUUAAUGAAGCCAACGCCCGAAUUUUGAAUAUGCUCAGUGGCUCGCCAGAUCAACUAAGGCAAGCAAAGGAAACAAUGAAAAAUUGGGGCGACAACAGCCGCCAAGUCUCAUUAAACCUCAACAGAGCGCCUGAUGCUCCACUCCUUCAGGGACGACAUAGCCUUUGGGUCCAGCGUACUAAUACAUCAAGUGGGAUGUUUCUACGGAGAGAAAGCCGAGAAUAUUGUCCUGAAUGUGCGAGGUCAAUCCCUGUCCCUGCAGCUCGGGAAACAGCAGGAAGAUAUCGUCUUUGCCCUCAUUGGCGUGAAGUAACUGGGUCAGGGUAUACAGAAACUACACACGCAUUUGGCGGCUCUCAAAACUGCCCAUUCUGUGGAAGAGCCCGUGGAACUCAGUCGACACGACACUCAGACGCCUGUCCCUUCUACAUGCCCAUAGGCCCUAGCACAACUGCAGACGAAUAUGACGAUGGCCUAGCCGGAGACGACGAUUUCAAAAAGCUUAGGGCAGAUCCUAAAGCCUUUGACGACCCUACGACUACAGCUACGAUGCCAGCUCCUGCCCGAGCUGCCUCAGUGCCACCUGAGGGACUCAACCUAAACGUAGGAAUUGUUGGCGACGACGGCUCCGAGUAUUCAGAUGAGGAUGACAGCGGGCCCGAUGAUGAUUAUUGGAAAAUGAAAGAUGCACCGAAAUCCGUCCCACCCCCACCACUACCACCAGGCCCAAAGGAGAAGAAGGGAGAGAAACCUAAAAAAGGAGUUGAUAACAGAGCCGAUAAAAAAGACGAUAAAAAAGACGAUAAAAAAGAAGAUAAAAAGGACGAUAAAAAUGACGAUAAAAAGGAUGGUGGGGAAACUCCCACAGUGAUUGUUGUCACUAAUGGCGUAAUGCCUCAGGGGCAUCUUCGAGCACUCGAUGCGGAAGACCAAGCCACCAAUUCUCUACACUGUACCCAAGCCGCAAAUGUCAUAAAGCUAGCUAAGGGCUCAGCCGACCUCGAACAGAAAUCUAAAGCACAUUGCUUCACAGGCGUAAGAAAUGUAACGAAGAUAUCCCCAGAUGACCGCCAACGUAUAGUCGACAUUGAAGCUGCUGUUAAAGCCGCCAAUAUCCCGCGACCUUUCUGGGAGCCAAACACCUACAUCAACGUCUCCACGAAAGAUUUCUCAAAGGAUACAGAUGGCAGCCAAAGACUCCCGGACAAUGUUCUUGAAAAUGCAACUACAAUACGGCCUACACUAGGUCAACCUGAUCCUGCAUAUUCAAAAAUAAAUUACACCGGUCCUAGAAGAAAGCUUUUUAGAGGCAAUGAAACAUGGUUCUUGACUCGAUUCGGCGGUAGCAGACUCACUUAUGCUAACUGGAUGGCUGGUACCGCUACUUUCGCUGAUGUGCAAACGGCUGCGCCGAUGGAUACCACAGCUGCUACCCACCCUACGGAGUUUUAUAUUAAGGAUACUUUGGAGGGCGUUAAUUGGUAUGGUGACACAGGGGUAAUGACUCUUCCGGGUCCAAAGCCUCCGCUACCCCCACCAAAAGGCACACCGAAAGAUAAAAAUGGAAAGCCGAUCAUCAAAAUUGAUGGUAAAUCUCACGAGGAGAUAGGAAAGCUAGUCAGCAAGUAUUUGCAUCAAGUUGUACCGGCUGUAGGGACAAGAAGCAAUGGAUCAAAGAAGACCGAUCCAUCAUUCUGCAUAGCAUGCAAGAAACAGACUACCAAGCUGGGGGAUGCUAGAAGACACCAGCAUUACGGUAAGUGUUGGGCUAGCUGGCCCGGGCCAGGUGACAGCGGCGACGGCUCAGGACCUCCAGAUGGUGGCGGCGGCUCAGGCCCCCCUGACGGUUCAGGCCCCCCGGAUGGCAGUGGACCCCCUGACGGAGCCACUGGCAAAGGCACAAGGUCCACUCGUCCGGCUAGGAGUCCAGCGCUAGGCAGACCUUUGUGCUGUCUGCCCUCGACCCCAGAUAUGACCCGUAAGCGGAAACUAUGGGAAAGUGUUCAAGGAUACGUAACCGACAGUGAAGAUGAAAGAGACUUCCUACCUACGGCUAAGAAGGAGCAAUCAAAAACAAAAGAUGACAUAGGAACACCUCGCGACCCUAGCAAGUCUUUCAAUCUAGGUGAUGCGAUGGAUACUAAGAUAUUUACCGAAAAGAGGCAGAAGCGAUCUUCGAAGAAGGCUAAACGGGAUUAUAAGUCGUCAGAAUUUAUUUCUUCGACCCCGACCCCCCCUCCAAAUCCAAAUUCACCCGUAUCUACGGGCCGACCCGAGGGAUCGGAAUCGAAAAAGACAGAACCGGCGGAACAGGAAUCUGAGGUAGAGGAGAUUGAACACGUAGAAUCCCCUCUUCCAUGUCCCAGCUCCGAACCAUCCCCUCAACCCUCCGGCCCAAGGAAACGAAAACAGCCAUUAGCCACCGGUCUCCGCAGCACCGCUGCAGCACCACCAAUUCUCCCUCAAAAGAACCUAGUCUCAACUCACACUUCUAGAGCAAAAUCAAAACCCUUCAUCCCUGCGAGCGCUACCAAAGCGACCACCGCCACCAAAUUGAUUGUUUCGAAGACUUCAACUUACAAAUCACAGGAUGGUCAAGAUGUCACUCUUGAAGAACGCAAGUUUACUCGCAGGACCAAAGGAAAGACUCCCAAGGAUUUUACAGAAGUAAUUGAAAGUAUUAGAGAGCCAGGUAAAGAUUCAGCUCUUAUACGACUAUAUAGGUUCCAAGAGGGCGAGGAGACUGGGCUUGAGAAUUCUUCGAAGAAGAGGAAAAUAGAUGAAGAAACUCAAGAAGAUAUUCAAGCCGAAGAUGGAAAUGAGGUUGACGUAGUCUCAGAAGAAGGGCAAGACGAAGAAGAUGAAAAAGAAGCGUCUUUGGGAGAAGAGCAACAGAGUGAAUUGUCAUUGGAGGAAAGCGAGAAUGAGGCUCACGAGAAGGAUGAUAAAGAACAUAACAAUAUGAAAGAGGAAAGGGAGGAAGGAGAGGAACAAGAAACAGAGGAGGAAAAGGCUCCUUCACCAAAAAAGAAACUACGAGCCCCACCACGCAAGAAGCCGGAACCUCCAAAGGAGGUGAAAACCCCGAGUCGCCGCAGCACUAGAGCGAAAUCCGUCGGCGAAAAGGAAACGGAAAAAAUAACGAGCAAUAAAACACCUGCCAAACCGAAGACUAAGAAAAAGGUUACACUUGAUACCCCAGUGACUGACGAGGUAAAACCUCCUAAAGUGUAUAGAAAGACACCACGUGUGACAACAACGACAAAGAAAUCCGCGAAGACUAAACAGAGAGAAAUCGGAACCGAAACCGAGACACCUUCUAAGCCUCCAGCUAAGAAGGCCGUAGCCAAGGCCACUAAGGAUACUGCUACCAAAACAACCAAAGAGCCUACUGUAGCUAAAAAGGUUGCAAUUAAAACCCCAAGAAAGGCUGCAACAAAGGCCGCGGAGGCAAAGAAGGCCAAAGCUAACACUCCAGCGAAGACCACUGUAGCAAAGAAGGCGGGCGCUAGUAAGAGGGUUUCUAAAAAGUAA